AUGCCCCUUUACGAUUGUAUGCUUCUGUUGAAACCCAACGUGAGUAGGGAGGCUAUGAUAGAUCUGCUUGCACGGGUUCGAAAGCACAUCUACAGAAGAAAUGGAGUGGUGACUGAAAUGAAGUCCUUUGGAGAGGUUCAUUUGGGUUAUGGCAUUAAGAAACUUGAUGGACGAUACUAUCAAGUAGGAGACAGUGGAGAUGUUUUUCCCCCCCGAAACUCACACGGAUCAGGGCGUCGCCUCCCGGAUACAACGGGCAGCUGCGACAAGCUCGACGACUCACGCUCGGCUCGCGGAGGAGCUGUGAUGGAGAUGGCAGCUCGAGGAGGCACCGAACCGAGCCUGCUUGGAGGAGCAGCGGCGCACAGGGACGAUGACUCGCCGGAGUUGCUGCCGCGUAGGGGCGGCUCGCUGGGUGGUCUCGCCGGCUGGUCGUGA